AUGAAGAACGUAAAAUCCGCCUCCUCGCCGAUGUCUGAGGUGUUCCGACAUGAGAACCCCUUCUCAUUUUCAUCGGUCGCGAGGUCCAUAUCCUUAGCGCGACCGAAGUGGGCAAGUAAAUUGGAAUUCCUCCUGUCCGGGCUCAGCUACGCCGUAGGUCUUGGCAACAUAUGGAGGUUCCCAUACUUGUGCUACAACAAUGGCGGCGGAGCAUUCUUGAUUCCUUACUUCACGAUGCUCGUCUUGAUCGGGAUUCCGCUAUAUUUGUUCGAAACCGCGUUGGGCCAAUUCGCUCAAGAGGGUCCCACAUCUGUUUGGAGGAUCUGUCCGCUGUUCAGAGGCAUCGGCUGGGCCAUGUUUUCGGUCUCGUUUCUGGUCGCGACGUACUAUAACAUCCUGAUGGCGUACUCACUGAACUUUCUCAUCUAUUCGUUCCAGGGGCCACUCCCGUGGUCGCACUGCAACAAUUCAUGGAACUCGCCUAACUGCAUAACAAUCCAAUCGCAAAACUUGACCUCGAACGCGACGGACGCCCUCGCUCUCAAGUCCCCCCCUGAAGAGUUCUUCACGAGAUAUAUUCUAAACCAGAGCGAUUCUAUCGAAAAUGUCGGUCCCGUCCGCGUGGAGACCGCGCUGUGCCUUCUGGUUUGUUGGGCGAUGAUCUACAUGUGUCUUCUCAACGGAAUUCAAUCCUUGGGCAAGGUCUCAUACUUCACCGCUCUGUUCCCAUACAUCGUUCUAACAGUGUUCCUCGUGGAAGGGCUCAGCCUCCCUGGAGCGGCAGCCGGCAUAGAUUUCUACCUAAAACCCGACUGGGACACUUUGCUCACAUUCCAAGUUUGGCUGAAAGCGGCGCAGCAAAUCUUCUUCAGCUUGUCGCCGUGUUGGGGAGGAGUCAUCGCGUUGGCUAGCUACAGUGAUUUCCACAACAACUGCGUCCGAGACACGAUGGUGAUUGGGAUAGGAAAUUGCAUAACAUCGUUCUACGGUGGUUUCGCCAUAUUCUCCAUCAUUGGCCACAUGGCUUCAGUAAAAGGUGUUCCGGUAGCAGACGUCAUCGAUACCGGGGCUGGACUCGCUUUCAUAGCCUACCCGGAGGCCAUAACGAAGCUUCCGUUUCCUCAGAUGUGGAGUGUAUUGUUCUUCGUAAUGUUGCUCAGCCUCGGAUUCGGGACAAUGUUCACCAUCGUCGAGAGUGUCGUGACAUCUAUCGUGGACGUCAAACCUAAGGUUCUAGCGUCGAGGAAGAAAAUCAUCCUUCUCGCGGUUUGUCUGGGCUACUUCUUGAUUGGCUUGGUAAUGUGUACCCGAGCAGGAAUGUACAUCGUACAGCUCUUGGAUAAUUUCGUAGCCGUCCUGUCAUCGCUCGUUAUCGGCUUGACCGAAGUUCUGGUAGUUUCUUACGUGUACGGAGCUGACAGAUUCAUCGGGAACAUGCGCCAGAUGCUUUCCGCCUAUAGAGUGGCCUAUGCGUAUUGGAAAUACAUGUUCAAGUUCGUUGUCCCCGGCACCAUAGCUGUUGUCUUGUGUGUCACCCUUUCUGAAGAUGAGCCCACCUCGUACGGAUCCUACGUAUUUCCGUCUUGGACAUCGUCAGUCGGCUAUGGAUUGAACUUCAUUUCCGUCUCCCUGAUUGUCUUGGGAGCGAUCCUUCAACUGAGUUCGGAGAAUGGAACUUUCACGGAAAGGUUCAGGUCUGCUAUAAAGGCGCGGAAGCUGAGAAGGAGGAAAGUACCCAUUCUGAUGGAUUUCCCUAAUGGGACGAUCCCACAACGGAAGAAGGACCCGAACCUCGCCAGUGGUCGAAGCUCCGCAGAACGAGCUGCCGCGUUCCAAGGCCCCACACGACCGAACGCCGAGUCGACAACGACGGCGGGUGCCAUAGAAGCCGGGGCGAAGCUCGCGCGCAGUACAGUCACCACGGACGGUACGGAGACGACUGCGGGGAAGAUUGCGGCAAAGGCGACGUAG